GAUUUUCCCGUGCUCAGUUCAGUGUGAAACGAACCAACAACUCAAACGAAACGAACGCGAAACGGGCGCGGAAAAACAAACUAGAAUAGAAUACCACCCGUCUUCUAUAUUUUAUUAUAUUUGUUGUUAAGACCCGUGGCGAGGUGCCGUCCUAACCAUCCUAACUGUAAACAAUAAUCGAAUCAACGAAAUUUUAAAUUAACAGCGAAUGAGUAACGUCUGAGCGAUUUAUUAAUUGGCCUAUACUCGAACGAACCAGAAAAAAUUAAAAAAGAAGGCACAUCCCCAAAGGCUUCCGAGGCUGAGAAACAAAGAAUCCACAAGUAGCUGGCGGCGCGGCACACGGAAAGAUAAAUAACUGCACAGAUAGAUAGAUAGAUAAUUGCUAGUUCUCGGUACUAGGCCUCUAAAAAUAACCAGCAAAAUAUAGACGGAUACGCGGCGACAAUUGCAGGGCACCCGGUGCAUGUGGAAUCGCGGCCUGGCAUAGCCCCCCGAGGAUCUAUCACUCGCCGACCAAGAAUGGCCUACGACAUUAGCAUAGAGAAUCAGAUCUGCAACUGUCAAGGGACAUCGAGGGACGCUCGGCUUAUGCAACUGUAGUAGAAGUAGUACUAGUCGAGGCGGAAAAACGAAGGAAUAACUUUCGCGUUUCAGUGAAAAGGAAAACCCACAAAAAACCAGAAACCUAACCAACUUAUAUUAACUAGAACCUAACCAGCACACCCUAGGCUAAGCAGAGAGCAAUCGAAAUAGCGAAAACGAACCGUAGACACUAGACCAGAACCAACAGAGCCACCAGGACUAACAGGAUCACAAGGAUCAGAUGUGGCAGCAGCAGGCACAGGUGGAGGAGCCAGAGCAACAAUCGAGCGGAAAAUCAAUGAGCAGCAGGCGGAGGCACAGAAAGCCCAAGGCAACAGCACUUUUACCAAGACAUUUAAACCGCGCCAGAUCCCAAUAAUCCGACCAGCUCGAGUAUGCAACAGGCUGGCCAACUGACGCCCCAGCAACUGCAGCAGCAGCAGCUCCAGCAGCAGCAGCAACUGCAGCAGAAUGGCGGCGACAUGUCCGCCUACGCCUCCCAGGCGGGGGUCAGUAGGCGUGGCCCCAUAAGCGGUGGCCGCUUCGACUUCGAGGAUGGCGGCACGUAUUGCGGCGGCUGGGACGAGGGCAAGGCGCACGGACACGGAGUCUGUACGGGUCCUAAGCACCAGGGCGCCUACGCCGGAGCCUGGAACUACGGCUUCGAGGUCUCCGGCUCGUACAUCUGGCCCAGCGGAUCACACUACGAGGGCCAGUGGCAGAAUGGACGCCGCCAUGGCCUGGGCGUGGAGCAGAUCGGGCGGCAGAUCUACCGCGGCGAGUGGUCCAAGGACGGGCACAAGGGACGCUACGGUGUCCGGGAGAGCACGGUGUCGACGGCCAAGUAUGAGGGAACCUGGAACGAGGGCUAUCAGGACGGGUCCGGAUGCGAGACCUACGCGGAUGGAGGCAAGUACCAGGGCCAGUGGCAGGAGGGCAAGCGACACGGAUAUGGCAUCCGCACCUCGGCCCCCUUCGGCCUGGCCUCCCACCACCGCCGCAAGAACCUGCACGCCUCCCUCAGCUCCCUGCGGAGCGGCGAGAACGGAAACGCGGCCAAGAUGGUGGAGAAGGCCGAGGAGAUUCGCGGCGGAUUCGUCCUCACGGCCAAGUCGGACAAGCUUCCGGUGCGCCGCAACAGCCUGACGGACAAGACCGGCAAGAAGGGCUUCCUGAUGGGCCUCAAAAUGCGAAAGCAGCGCAGCACCGGGGAUCUGGAGAAGCGGGGCACCAUCGCUUCGGGAAGCAUACGCUCCACCAUGUCCUCGGCCUCCUGGAUUAGCACCGGCUCCGAGCAGUCCAACCUGACCACAAAAUCCAAUCACACAGAGUCCAAUGCCAGUUUCACCAUGGAGGAUGAGCAACUGGACCCCACUGUGGUGGAGACCUACAUGGGCGAGUGGAAGAAGGACAAGCGUUGUGGUCACGGUGUGGCCGAACGCAGUGAUGGACUCAAAUACGAGGGCGAGUGGUACAACAACCGCAAGCACGGUUAUGGUGUGACCACCUUCCGGGACGGCACCGUCGAGGAGGGCAAGUACAAGAACAACAUCCUGAUCACCAGCCAGAAGAAGAAGCAUUUGUUCCUGGCGCGCUCCCGCAAAUUCCGCGACCGAAUCACGGCGGCGGUGAACGCGGCCCAGCGCGCCCUCAAGAUGGCCAUGCAGCGGUCGGACAUGGCCAUCUCCCGCAUGGCCACAGCCGCGGCCAAGGCCCAGAACGCGGACAUGGCCGCCGAGCAGGCGCGCAUCGAUUGCGAGAAUGCCGUGCGGAUGGCGCGAGAGUUUGCUCCGGACUUCAAGCCGUCGGUGCUGGAGCGGUUCGAGAAGCUGCGCUUCCGGGAGCGGGAACGCUUCCGUCCCGGACAGUCGGCCGCCUCGGACGCCAACGUAAAAAUGGGCGUGGGCAUGCAGCCGUCGCAGCAGCAGUCACAGCAAGGAGGACAGUUCUCGCCGGCGAGCAGCAGUGGCUCGGACGCCUAUGCCACGCAGGCCCAGCGCCAGCAGCAAUAUCUGAACAUGCAACAGGUGCAGCAGCAGCAGCGUCGCAUGUCGCAGCAGAAGCAGGAGUCCGAGUGCCCCGUGCCGUCGUCCAUGUACUCACAGCAGCUGCCCGUUUCGCCGCAGACGGACCUCUCCGGCAUGGUCAGCCAGGGGCAGCCCAGCCACGCCCAGGUGAUCAGCGCCAUCAAUCAGAUGUACCAUCAGCAGCAACACCAGCAGCAGCAGCAACAGCCGUCGCAGCAACAGAGCAACCCGCAAAUGAAUCCUGCAUAUCAGUUCCAGCAGCAGCAACCACCGGGCCAGGCCAAGAUCAAUUCCAACUUGAAUGCGAACCUCAAACAGAACCAGAACCAGGCCCAGAACCAGAACCAGAUGCAAGUGCCCUUCGGGGCGGGCACAAAUGCGGCUGCCUUGUCGCCGCAACAGCAGCAACUGCUGCAGCAGCAGCAACUCCAGCAGCAGCAGCAGCAACAGCAACUCCUACAGCAGCAGCAGCAGCAACAGCAGCAACUCCUGCAGCAGCAGCAGCUGCAACAACAGCAACUCCAACAGCAGCAGCAGCAGCAACAGCAACUCCAGCAGCAACCCUCGCUGCACGCCUCGCCCAGCCACAAUGCCUCGAAUCUGCUACGCCGCGCCUCGCAAAUGCAACAGCAGCAGCUCCAGGAGGCGGCCAGCGCCGCCGCCAUGUCGGCCAACGCUGCUGCCAUGGCCGCCGCCCAACAGCAGUCGCGCAGCGGCCGCCCGCCCAUGCUGGGCCAAAUGGGCCAGCAGUCCUCCAUCGACCACUUCGACCACUACAAACGACCGCCCAGCCGCGACUCCUCCAUCGAUCGGUACGCCCGGGCGGCCAGUAGGCUGAGCGGCGCCUUUGCCGGCUCGCGACAGACCUCGCUGGACCGCUCCGGCCUCGCCGAUCCACUGCCCAACGGCGGCACCAGCACUCCCGACGGCCGCCCGCGUGCUGGCUCAGUAUUCCGCGGAUCCACCCCGCAACCUGGAGCCGGAGCAUCGCAGAUGACGGGCAACGGGUCGCUGCCCUCGGGCAAUGGCGCCGCCGCCGGCGGGCGUUUAUCGCGUGCUGCCACGCCCAGUUUGGGGGCCGGAGGGCGGGCGCCCAGUCAAAGCAACGCGGAGCCUCUGUUCUCCUCGCCGAACCAGCCGUUCGAGGAUGUGCUGCUGCGCCAGCGGACACUUGGCCAGGACAUCAUUCCCUCGCCCUCGCAGCCCAAACGCACGGAGAGCCUGUAUCUGCCGGCCAAGCCGGCCACGCCCGUGGGCAUGGCCAUGGGUGGUAAAGGAGGCGGUGGAGGCGGCGGUGGCGGCAAGAAAAUGAAGUCCGUGCCCAUUAAUGUGACGCUGCAAAGGAAAAAGUCCAUGCCAGAUUUCCAGGAGCUGCCCCGCGCCACGGAGGCCAUGAGCCGGGAGGAGGUCUCCGCCCUUGGCUCUGCCCGCCGGGAGGCAGUGCGUCGCCAGAUCGAGGUCAACGAGCGCCUCCGAGCGAAUCCGUUGUUGUACUUGGUCAGUCCACAGGUUAGGGAUUGGUUUGUGCGCCAACAGCUGAUGCUGAUUGUCCUGUUUUUCAAUGCGGCGUUGGCGCUGCUCUUUGUUUACAUGCUCACCUAGCGCUGGAGGAGGCGCAGGACGAGGCGGGUCAGAGGUGGAUUCGGAUGGGACUUGGAUGCCGCGCCCCACCCGGCUUUGAGCCACUGUGGUGUUGGCCACCAGGUCCGAGCUGAGUCCGCAAGGAGCCGCUGCAUCGCGAGCUUUUUGUAGGCCACUGCGACGCCGCGAUUUGUUUUUGGUGGGUGGGUUGGGGGGAUUGAGAGCUAAUAAGUUUUUAGCAUUUGCAGUAACCAAUUUAAAAAAAUGGAAAAACAUUUAAGUAUCCAAGUACCAUUUAUAUAAUGAUAUGUACAUCAUAUGUGUAACACGCUAACGAUGGGAAAGAUAAAUCGAAUAAAGUCUAGACUGCAGCCAAAUAAUGGAUAAUUAAAUUAUAAAUCAUAGCGCAGGACUGCAAUGCACAACCGUAGUAACCUAAUUAAAACUUUCAUUUGUCGAGCCAAUUAAACAUUGUAUUUGCCGCUGACGAGGAGCUGGACGGGAGAUCCAAUCACUAUAUGCAAAUCAAUUUAACGAAUUUUUCUACACAUCUAAUGUAAAGAUAGCGGCGUGAAACCAGUGUUUAAUCAGUGUUUAAUCAUGAUUCAAAUAAACGCAUAAUUACUUCAGCUCUGGCUACAUAAUAUCGAAUAAUAAAUAAUACAAAGCAAACUUAGGCAAAUGCAAAGCAACCAAACAAGAAAUUUUUCCUAUUUGCAAUUGAAUAUACAUUAGUCAGCAACUUAAUCAAAACACAAACAAAACCAAAAGGCAAACGAAUAAACUUGUACUCAUAUUUAUAUAUUUAAAAACAAAAACAGUGUAACGAUGUGACACCUAUAUUUGUAAAAUUAGCAAAAUUGUGUGGGACCGAAUACAAAAAUAAAAUACAGAAACCAAAACAAAAGCAGAUGAGUGGCUAAAAGAUAUCGCGUAGCGUUUUCUGUCGCUUUGUUUUCGGUUGAUGAGUUUAAAAAAUAAAACAUUUUUGAAAAAUUUGGAACCAAAAUGGAAAAAAUUGAGGAGGUCCGAAAGGAAUAAAGUCAACCUUAAUUAUAUAUUUUAAAGCAACAGAUCGAGAUUGUUAAUGAAUGAAGCUGUAUAUAUACAUUUUAAAAUAUCGUAUAAUUAUAAUUAUUUUCUUCUCGAUAAUUUAUGUUUAACUUCAUAGCUGGGACGAUGUCAUUAUUUCAAAGUGUUGCAAUUUAUCGUUUUUAGUUUCACUUCAUUUAUGAUGUACGGAAUAUGUUCUAAAUAUUAUUAUUUAAUUUUUUAUUUGUUAUUUUAUAUGCAUAAAUUAUGAAAAUGAAAUAAAACUGCACAUUCGCAUCUUUGCAAGUGUAAA